CGCGGUCUACGGUUUUGUCUGUGAAUCUUGGCUCUAAUCCAUCUCGGACACUUGCGGAGUUGCGGUGCGCGUCCUUGUUCCAAGAUUUGAAACUUCGUAAGUGUCUACGAAGUGAUCCCUAAAGGCAUAAACCUCGUUAAACGCUUAAAACCCUCUGCAACUCUUACGGUUUCUCCUGCAUUUCGACCUCCAUUUCAACUUAUUUUGUUCGUUCUGCUUUAUUUAACUGACGUUAGAACUUCUAAGUAUUACUUUAGGGCCUGGCGAUGCACUGCCAUUACAAAUGCCAGAGAAGAAUUGAGGUGCUGCGUUGUUAAGCGUUUGCAUGGGUGAAAAUUAGGCUGGUCUUGAGAAAUUUCCGUUUUGUGGACCUUAAUCCUUGGAGCGUGAGGUAAAGGGGGAAUUUUUUAGGUGGGAUGAAUAGUGUAUUUAGUGAGCAGAUACUGGCGGACAAGCUGUCUAAGCUUAACAACACCCAGCAGUGUAUCGAAACAUUGUCACAUUGGUGUAUCUUUCACCAGAAAAAGGCAGACCUAGUUGUUGCAACAUGGGAUAAACAAUUUCAAAGCUCAGAGAAUUCACAGAAAAUUCCAUUUCUGUAUCUCGCCAAUGACAUCCUACAGAAUAGCAAGCGUAAAGGCAACGAAUUUGUCAGUGAAUUUUGGAAGGUUCUUCCUGCAGCAAUUAAGGAUGUUUAUGAGAACUGUGAGGACCGUGGGAAGACUGUGGUAUCUCGAUUGGUCAAUAUCUGGGAAGAAAGGAGAGUGUUUGGAUCUCAAGCUCAGGGCCUUAAAGAUUUAAUGCUUGGAGAAGAGUCAUUGCCUCCUCUGGAGUUUGGCAGAAAACGUUCACGCUCUGUGAGAAUCAUAAGAAGGGAUUCCCGCUCCAUAAGAACUAAAUUGGCUAUUGGAGGCACUACAGAGAAAAUAGUGUCUGCAUUUCACUCUGUGCUUAGUGAACAUUCCAAUGAAGAUGCAGAAAUGAGCAAAUGCAAGUCAGUUGUCAAACUUUUGAGAAAGAUGGAGAAAGAUGUUGAUAUGGCCUGUUCUAAAGUGGGGUCGGACCCCAAGCGGACAAGUUUGGCAAAUGAAGUGGAAGAGGAAGAGAACCUUUUGAAACAAAGCAUUGAAAAACUUAAAUCAUUUGAAGAAACAAGAGUGGCCCUAGUCUCUCAACUAAGAGAGGCACUACAUGAGCAGGAAUCCGAAUUGGAGAAUGUUCGCACUCAAUUGCAGGUGGCCCAAGCCCAAGUGGAAGAAGCCAUCAACAUGAGGAAGCGGCUCAGAGGUGAAAAAAUAGAAGCACCACCCAAAAAGUCAGCUGCAGAAAUUGCGGCUGAGGUAGCUGAUAAGUUGGCAGCUUCUUCCUCUUCACAGUAUAUUAUGUCUUCUGUUCUCUCAACAUUUGCAGCAGAGGCGGCAAAAAAUGCUGGAUUGACCACAUCCUGCACUCCCUCUAAUUCAUUUAGCUCAGCCCCAGUGGCUUCAUUUACUGAUACAAGGCUUAAACUUGAGAAGCCCAUGCCUGUUGCAGAUUCCAAUUACUUUGUUGCUGUUCCUUCACAGCAACUUUCUAGCUCUUAUACGCAGCAACUUGCUAGUCAAUAUCAAACAGCCUUAGUUCACCAACCAUUGAUACAAAGCCAAGCUUCAAGUGCCCAAACUCAGUAUCAUAUACUCCCAAACAACCCUUCCCAGCAAUAUGUGCAGCCAUCAGGAGGGGUCACCAGUGGAUUGGCUUAUGGGUAUGGUGGCUUUCCACCUCUACCACCAGGUCCACCCCCACCUCCGCCACCACCACUUCCAACAAGGCUUGCAACACCAUUAUUGGCUCAGCAGAUGCAAAUUAACCAAACUCAACAACAACCAAUGCAAUUGAUUCAGCAACCAACCGUACAGCAAUCGAUGUCAUUGAUUCAACAACCACAUGUACAGCAACAGAUGCCAUUGAUUCAGCAACAACCACCUGUACCUCCAAGUUUCCGUCCGCUUCAACCUCCAGGGAUGAUGUACUACAUACAUCCUAAUCAACAACCACAAUGACUAUCGUCAUGUGGUGCACAUACUAUCCUAAUUAAUUUAAACAUACUUUUGCAACAUAAUACACCUAUUUACAUUU